UCGGAAAUAAGAAACCUGGCACAGGAGGGGUGCGCAGGAUAAGAAUCAUCAGGGGGUUGGACUUUUUAACUAAGAAACAGCCUCGUGUGCUCUCUAUAAAACGAGUCGUGGCCACCCAUUUUCACCGCCUGUCAUGAUCAGCGUCACUUCUUCCCAUAAACCCUCCCCACGCUCUCUCUCCCCUCUGAAUUUCUGAUAGCGAUCGUGGCAUCCACUCCUCUCUCUUCCACUCUCUCUCUCUCUCUCUCUCUCUCUCUCUCUCUUUUGGCUCUGAGGAGCAGUGCCUGAUAUUCCUAUCGGUUAUCAAAAUCAUCAAUGGAGGAUUUGCCCUCUGGUUAUCGCCCCAACGUCGGCGUUUGUCUCAUAAACUCCGAUAAUCAGGUUUUUGUGGCUUCCAGGUUGAAUGUCCCAGGAGCAUGGCAGAUGCCACAGGGUGGUAUUGAAGAUGGUGAGGAUCCCAAGACAGCAGCCAUUAGGGAAUUGCAAGAAGAAACUGGAAUUGUUUCUGCCGAAAUUAUUGCAGAGGUACCACAUUGGUUGACUUAUGACUUCCCUCCCGCUGUGAAAGCCAAAGUGAAUCGUCUAUGGGGGGGUGAAUGGCAUGGUCAGGCACAGAAGUGGUUUCUAGCAAGGUUAACAAAUGACGACAGUGAAAUCAAUUUGGGAAAUGGUGAAGCUGAUCCUGAAUUUGCAGAGUGGAAAUGGGCGAGCCCAGAAGAAGUUAUUGACCAGGCUGUCGACUACAAGAGGCUAACAUAUGAGGAAGUUAUGAGAACCUUCAGUCCUUAUUUCAGGGAUGAUGGAAAAGCUGCUAAAUGUAAAUCCACAAAGUGGUGAAUGGUUUGAGUGUGCUUUUGUAGUUUUCUCUGUGUUUCUAAUAGAACCGAUGGAAUUUGGUCUUGUUCUGUUCUUUUGUUUUUUGUUUUUUAUUAUUUUUUGAGAAGGAACAUGUUAGGUCUUCGUCCUCUGUACAUUGACUUGGCAGUUUAGAACAUAACUUUUAGACUGUUACUUAAUUGUAAUAAAUCUUUGUGGAAAAAGGAAAUUCAUUUUUUGA